CGCUGAUUGGUCAACGCUACGACGCUUCCGUGUUCGGUGUGUUUGACAGGAGAAGGAGCUCGUUCCGGGAGGUUUUUAAUUUUCAUAACACGUCGCUGUGAUGAGAGGCCGAUACGUCACGACUCGAGGAGGGAUUAUGCCUUAAUGUAUUUCAUUCCGGAGGCCAGCAUCACGGAGACUUCUCGUCCGUACGUCGUUCCGAUGAGGGAUGCUGGGAGUAUGCAGCCCGCGUGCAGAAGAGACGCCGGAGUCUGGCACCAGACGAGAAGCCUCCUCUACAAGAAUGUGCUCAUCAAGUGGAGGACCAAACAACAGAGUCUUCAGGAGCUGAUCUUACCUCUGCUGCUGCUAGGUCUCCUGAUACUCAUCAGUACCCUGAAUCCUCACGUGUACUACGGAGGCAUCAGCACGCUGGAGCUGGAGCGGGAUGACCACGUCAUCAAGGGCCUGGGCUACACGCCGAUCACCAACAUCACCAGCCACAUCAUGGAGGAAGUGGCCCAUGAGAUGCUUCUGGAUCAUCUGGAGAUGUUUGCCAGCGAGGAGGACCUGGAGAACGCCAGUCUGUACGAGCCCUCGAGCUACGUCGGCGUCGUGUUCACUGACAGCUCCGCCACAUCGUACAGACUGCGCUUCCCGUACAACCAGCUGCCCCUGCCCAGCGAUUACACAGAAUCUAUCGCCAGCUGCUUCACCAGCUCCGUGAACUGCAGAGCAGCUAAUUACUGGUACUCCGGCUUCAUCCGCCUCCAGUCUCUGAUCGACGCCGCCAUCAUCCAGAUGCAGACGAAGCGGCCGGUGCGGAGUGAGAUGAACCUGCGGGCGGUAAUGAUGGGCCAGCCUGGUUCUGUGGAGGUGCAGAAGUUCCCCCAUGCCCUCAUCUCCAUAUACCUGGUCCUGGCAUUCACGCCCUUCGUCACUUUCCUUAUCGUCAACGUGGCGGCGGAGAAGGAGCACCGUCUCAAAGACACCAUGACCAUGAUGGGACUGUACGACACGGCCUUCUGGUUGUCGUGGGGCCUCCUGUACGCUGCCCUGGUGACCACCAUGUCCUUUCUGAUGUCCAUCAUCGCCACAUACACGGCGCUGUUCCCCAACAGUGACUUCUUUGUCAUUUUCUCCCUCAUCUUCUUGUACGGGAUAUCGUCUAUCUUUUUCUCCUUCAUGCUGACGCCAUUAUUCAAGAAGCCCAAGUUCGCCAGCACCGUGGGCUCCAUGCUGACCGUGGUGUUCGGCUGCCUGUCGCUCUUCACCGUGCUGAUGGAGGACUUCCCUCAGCCGCUGGUCUGGCUCCUCUGCCUGCUCUCCCCCAGUGCCUUCUCCAUCGGGAUCGCACAGGUGGUUUACCUGGAGGCUCAGGGAGACGGUGCCGUGUUUUCCUCCUUGGCCAACGGGCCUCAUCCUCUGUACGUGCCCCUGAUCAUGCUGGUUCUGGACUGCGUCCUCUAUCUCCUAUUGGCCGUCUACCUGGACCAGGUCCUUCCUGGUGAGUUUGGAAUGAGGAGGUCCUUGGUGUACUUCCUUAAACCGUCCUAUUGGUCCAAACGCUCAAAGCGCUACGUUGAAGUGAGCUCGGUGUACGACGCGGAGGUGAACGGCGCCCCCGGCGGCAAUGAGUCUGUCGAGCCUGUUUCACCGGAGUUCAGAGGAAAAGAAGCCAUUCGCAUCAAUAACAUCCAUAAAGUGUACAAGGAGAAGGACAGCGUGGUGGAGGCUCUGAGAGGUCUGACGUUCGACAUCUACGAGGGCCAGAUCACGGCUCUGCUGGGCCACAGCGGUGCUGGAAAGUCCACGCUUAUGAACAUCCUGUGCGGCAUCUGUCCGCCCACUGGCGGCUCGGCCACCAUCUACGGCUCCCCCGUGGCGGAGGUCGCCGACGGGUCGGAGAUGAAGCAGCUGGUGGGAAUCUGCCCCCAGUUCAACAUCAUCUUCGACGUGCUGACCGUGGAGGAGCAUCUGAGGAUCUUCGCCGCCGUCAAAGGAAUCCGUCCGGCGGACAUCGAUGCAGAGGUCACCAAAGUGCUGAAGGAUCUCGACUUGGAAAAGAUCAUGACGGCUCAGGCCAAGAAUCUCAGUGGAGGCCAAAAGAGGAAGUUGUCCGUGGGCAUCGCCAUCCUCGGAGAUCCCAAGAUCCUGCUCCUGGACGAGCCCACGGCCGGCAUGGACCCAUGCUCCAGACAUCAGGUGUGGUCGCUGCUGAAGAGCCGCAGAGCUGGCAGAGUCACCGUGCUGAGCACACACUUCAUGGACGAGGCCGACAUCCUCGCCGAUCGCAAAGCUGUGAUCUCUCAAGGGCAACUGAAAUGUGUCGGCUCAUCCAUGUAUCUCAAGAUCAAGUGUGGUGUUGGAUAUCAUCUCAGAAUGUCUAUCAAUGAGCGAUGUGAAGCUGACGAUAUCACGUCAUUGGUCAAGCAGCACGUUCCCAAGGCAAAGUUGUCACAGCAACAUGAAGCAGAGUUGACUUUCACGCUUCCCUUUGAGAGCAUGGACACAUUUUCAGGGUUGUUCUCUGAGCUCGACUGUCAACCCAACCUGGGAGUUGUCAACUAUGGGGUUUCCAUGACAACCCUGGAGGAUGUUUUUCUUCGUUUGGAGGCAGAGGCGGAAGUUGACCAAGCUGACUACAGCGUGUUCAAUCGGGAGCAGGCGGAGGACGAAGGUGACACUGCCUCCCUGGACGACACAGACCAGCGGCUGCUCACGUUCCCGGACAACAAGUCGGACGUGGUGUCGGGUCACGCUCUGUGGCGGCAGCAGUUCAGCACCGUCGCCUGGCUGCACAUGCUCAACAUGCAGCGAGAGAGGAAGGCCUUUGUCUACACUCUGGCCUUGUUCCUGGUGUUCGUUGCCGCCGUGCUCUUCCUGUCUCUGGCCACUGGAAACAUCCAGAUUCACUCACCGGAUCGUCAGUUUCUGCCCGUUUACCUCCUCAAGAGGAACCAGGCUCCCCGGAGAUACACCACCAGCCUCCUGGUUCAGAACUCCUCAGAUUCGGACAUUUCUGACUUCGUCCGCAACCUGGAGUCGCAGGACAUAAAAGUGGAAAUGAUGAAACACGGCGACUACAUGGCCGCAGCUCCGCACAGCGCCGCCAUCAACGUGACCGGAUCCAGCAAGGGUUUCAGAUACAGCGUUGCGUUCAACAGCACCACCGUCCACUCACUGCCGAUGGCGGUCAACGUGCUGAGCAACGCUCUCCUCCGAGGCCUGAACGGAACCAGACGCAUCCGAACGUGGACCAAGCCGUUCGAUCACCAAAUCCCAGACGCGAUGUCCUACACUCUGGUUUACAUCGAGUCCAUCAUACUGGGAAUGCUGGCGGCUGGAAUGCCCGCGUAUUUCGCGAUGGACCACACUCGAGACCGAGAGAUCAAGUGUCGCUCUACGCUGCGGAUCUCUGGUCUGGUGCCUUCAGCCUACUGGUGCGGCCAGGCGGCGGUGGACAUCCCCUUCUUCUACCUCAUCCUGUCCUGCAUGACCGUCAUCCUCUUCUCCUUCCACACCGGGAGCCUGCUCACCUCCAGCAACCUCACCGCCGUGGUCCUGUGCGUCAUCGGCUUCGGUCCGGCCAUGAUCCUCUUCACGUACGUGUUUUCUUUUGCGUUUGCUCGAGUCCAGAGCAACAGGGAUUUCUUCUCCGUCAUCUCCAUGAUGGUGUGUGUCGUGUCGGCCUCACUGGUCCAGUUGUCGUACGUGAACGACAACCUGGGACUGACCAGAAACCUGCACAACAUCCUGUGCUUCUUCAACCCGCUCUACCCGCUCAUGGGCUGCCUCAAGUGCAUCACCAAGGCGACGUUCCUCCCUUCCCUCUACGAGGAGAACUUCUUGUGGAAGAACCUGCUCAUCGCGGUGAUAGCUCCGUAUCUCCAGAUCAUCCUGCUGCUGUUCCUGCUCCGCUGGCUGGAGAUCCGCUACGGAGGGAGGACGAUGAAGAACGAUCAGUUCUGCAGGAUCUCGUCCAAGUCGAAGCCCAGAGCGGAGAAGAACCCGGACGAAGGGCUGAACGAGGACGAGGACGUUCGGAUGGAGAAGGCCCGAGUGAAGGAGGCCCUCAACUGCCAGUCCUGCGAGGAGAAACCUGCUGUGGUGGUGAGUAACCUGAGGAAGCAGUACAAGGGCAGAAGAGAAGGGUUUUCCCUAAACAAGAGCCGGAGAGUGGCCACGAAGAAUGUCUCGUUCUGUGUUCGCAAAGGUGAAGUUCUUGGACUGUUGGGCCCAAACGGAGCUGGGAAGAGCACCAUCAUGCACAUGUUGUCAGGUGACACCGACCCCACCGCAGGCCAGGUGCUGAUGGGCGACUACAGCACAGAGUUCCGUCCCGUGGACAAUCCCCUGGAGCACGUGGGCUACUGUCCUCAGGUGAACCCCCUGUGGCCACGGGUCACCCUGCAGGAGCACCUGGAGAUCUACGCCGCCGUCAAGGGCCUGAGAGGACAGGAUGUGCCGGGGAUCAUCAAGCGUGUGGUGAACGCUCUGGAGCUGAAGGAGCACGUGAACAAACAAGCCAAGAAUCUGUCCGCAGGCCUCAAGAGGAAGCUGUGCUUCGCCCUGAGUAUGAUCGGGAAUCCUCAGAUCGUCUUGUUGGACGAGCCGUCGUCGGGGAUGGACCCCAAGUCCAAACAGCGCAUGUGGAGAGCCAUACGAGCUGCGUUCAAGAACCGGCAGCGGGGAGCCGUCCUCACCACGCACUACAUGGAGGAGGCCGAGGCCGUGUGCGACCGCGUCGCCAUCAUGGUGUCCGGCCAGCUGAGAUGCAUCGGCUCCAUCCAACAUUUGAAAGGGAAAUACGGAUGCGGCUACAGUUUGGAGGUGAAACUCCGAGAGGAGCUGACAGGGCUCCAGCAGGCGGCGCUGCUGCACAAAGAGAUCCUGCGAAUCUUCCCUCACGCCGCCCGACAGGAGAGCUUUGCAACUCUGAUGGUUUAUAAGAUCCCCAUGGACGACGUGAAAUCAUUGGCCACGUCCUUCUCUCAGUUAGAGAGCGCAAAACAAACCUUCAACUUUGAGGAGUACAACUUCUCCCAGUCGACCUUAGAGCAGGUGUUCAUGGAGUUCGCCAAGGAGCAGGAGAAGGACGAGGACGAGCUCAGCUCCCUUAGCACAACGUUCCAGUGGCAGCGGCUGCGUCAGGACGGCGGCAGCGGCUCGGCGGCGGCCAACCACACCGACAGCAUCGUGCACCAGCUUUGAAACUUCUGCUUCCCGAGGGAGCCGGAGUGGUGACUGACCAGGAUCCCGUCCUGCCGGGCGUCAGCGCCUGAGCCGGGCUCACGCCAGCACUCGCCCACUCCACGCCCCCGCCGCCCACCGCCGCCCUCGAACGAACGAGACAGACCUGGGGCAGAAUGCCUCGUGUGUGUGUGUGUGUGUGUGUGUGUGUGUGUGUGUGUGUGUGUGUGUGUGUGUGUGUGUGUGUGUGUGUGUGUGUGUGUGUGUGUGUGUGUGUGUGUGUGUGUGUGUGUGUGUGUGUGUGUGUGUGUGUGUGUGUGUGUGUGUGUGUGUGUGUGUGUGUGUGUGUGUGUGUGUGUGUCUCUCUCUCUCCUCUGGGCUCUGUGCUGUUACGACUCCGUCCCGUGGGUCGGAGGUUUGCGAGUGUGUGUGACCCUCGUUCCACUGGUGCUCUGUGUUUUCUGAACCGAGGGGCUGACGACGUGACUCCUCCUCUUCUUUCUAACAGGUUUUUUUUUUUAUUUUCACAGUCGGUAAAUGAAAAAAAAAAAAUAUAUAAUAUAUAUAUGAAUAUUUAAACUUUGUACUCAACUCCGUCUGUUCUCACAGUGAGUGUGUGAGCGUGCGUGUGUGGUCGUCGUCUCCUCGGGUGUUUUUGUGAAACAGUUUCUUUGUUGUUUUUUUAAGCACGACCAUCCACACUCGUACCAAAGCAGCACACACACGUCCACACUGACAAAGUGCUUCUGGUUUAUUUUACUGUCAGUUGCAUGUGCAGAAACAGUUUUACGUACAGUAAUAGUUCAAUGACCGACACACUGGAGAGGUGUGUCCGUCCCCCAGAGGUUUUAGGAGGAUGAAGAACUGAUUUUUUUACGUGACCACAUCUUAACGUCCAGAUUUAAAACGCUACACGAGUGUUUUCCGCUCGCUCGCUCACAAGGAGGUUGACCUUCCUCUCUACAGGUUUAACCCUCGACGCACGACAGAACAUGUAGCACAUGAACCAAGGCAAGGUGGGGUCUCCGACCCGGGUGGGGCUUGUUGGGACGUUCGGUUUUUGAGAGGAUUUGGGAUAAUGGAAUUUGAAUGUACGUUUGGCUUCCAGUGAGGGGGGGGGGUUGUAACUUACUUUUAAUCACACAGCAGUGUUUUAUUAACUAUCUCGUUAGGUGUGUGUGUGUGUGUUUGUUUUCUGUGUUGUACUUCUGUUUCUGCAUAAACUCGUCUUUGUACGAGCAGGUGCGUCGUCGGUGCGUGCGGACCCCGUUCUGCAAAACCGAUAAAUUGUUAAAAAAAAAAGUCCCCAUGACAUUCAGGUGAGAGGGAUAAGUGGUGAAAGGGAAACUUCAGACACUUUGUUGAACGCACUUGACGAAACGAGUCUGAUCUAUAAUCUUUACAAAAGCUUCACAGAGGAUUCAAACAUCAAACUCGGCCACUGAGUGAGUUAUCGUGGCGCAGAAGCUUGAACGUUUAUUUUAAGGGUUUUUGAAACAAAACAUCAGACGUGAAUUUAUUCCUUUCGUACUCGUCACGUCAGGUUUUAAGUUUCACAAGUUUACAGCUUUGUUAAAAUGUAUUUCUAACACUAAUGUGUAAACUUCUGUCUCAUCGCUCAUGAUUCACCAAGUGUCAGAUUCUCGUUCUGAAGGAUUCAGAACACAUUAUGAACACAACAGGAGGAAUUGAAGUGAACUUCUGUUUAUUAAUCUACUUUUUAAAUGUGAAAACUUUAUUCAAAACCCUCUCCAACAUUUGUUUUGCACAUGUGUAGCCUCGUUCCCUCAAAUGGGGUGAAAUGACAACACUUGGCUCUGCGUCACAUAUAAAUACACAACGUAUAUUUAAUAUUUGUUCUCUCCAGCGCGAUAAAGGACUCGUGUUGAUGAAAGCAACUUAAUCUGUUGGUCAUGUCUGUCAGUUUCAGAAAUAUGUAGCCAUGUUGCACGUCUUUCUCCUGCUUCCAAAACAAAAAGCAUCACAUAUAAAAAAUAUUUCACACAAUGAAAAACGCCAAACCAUCUUCGUCUCUGUGGAAAGUGAAGUGACGGGUCUGAGUGACCGGCGAUGAGAGCGGAGCAGCUUUCAUUUUUAUUUUGUCCUGGUGGUGCUGAAAUUUGCACUAUUUCUGGGAUUUUUUUUUAAUAACCUUUCUUUAUAUUAUGCAAUCUUUGUAAGAUGAUCUGUGCACUGAUUUUAUUUUUUUAAAUACUGUGGUUUAGCUUGUGUGCUGUAUUUUUCCUCCUUCAUUGGCCCCCCUGGAUGGACACUUGUCAUUAAUUAACUCUGUAUUUGAAUAAAUGUUAAUAUCUCAA